AUGGCUCUCCAGGGAGGCUCAAGGAAUUUCACUGGAAUUGAUAUCGUGAACCAGAGUGGUACACAGAACGUGCACAUGGGUGACUUAGUUCAUGUUCAUGCAGCCGGAGAUGAGCUGUGGUCCAAGAUCAAAUCUUGGAUUUUCAUGCCCAACUUUGCGCUGGACCAAACCAGUCUAUACAACCGGACCCAAAACGAGAGGAAAGAAAAAUUCACGGGACAGUGGCUGUUGCAAAGCGCUGAUCUCACUCGAUGGAAGGAAACUCCUAACUCUGUGAUGUGGCUGCGCGGAAAGAUGGGAUGUGGCAAGACAAUGCUUUGCUCCUCAGUCGCUAGACAGUUGAUAUAUGAGCGCUCCAACCGUGCUAGUGUCACUGUGGCUCAUUACUACGUGACUAUUACCGAUCCUCGGACCCAAGGCUUCGACACUUUGUUGAGAAGUCUUAUCUAUCAGAUUGGAGCGUCGACUGAAAUCACGCGAAAGAUGGCCGAGAAGUACUACAACAAUGCGGGUCGAGGCAAUCGAGAACCGUACCUCGACGAACUAUAUGACCUCCUCAAAGACCUUCUGACACUACAGCGGUCUGUCUUCAUCAUUAUUGAUGCAUUGGAUGAAAGUAAAGAGCUGGACAUCACACUGGAAUUCAUCGAGACGCUGGUUCAUUGGAACAUUACCGGGGUACAUCUGCUUCUAAGCAGCCGGGAGCUUCCAUCUAUUCAGCACAUCCUCCCCACUCUCAGACCUUUAGCGGAGCUCUUCUUCAUGGAAGUAGGAAACGCCCAAGUCAAGCUAGACAUAGAACGUUAUCUAAGGAAAGAGCUUGAGAGAAGCAGGAGGAUGUGGUCUGAAAAAGAUAAGCAGCGGAUUAUACAUGACCUUGUGAAAAGCUCAGAGGGAAUCUUCCGCUACAUUUCCGUUCCUAUCUCCGAUAUCAGACGCUGUCGAAAUUCGAAGGAACUCUACCAUGUCCUGGACACCCUUCCGAAAACGUUGAACGGGACAUACGAAAGCUUCUUACGCACGAUUCGAUUGGAUGAUCAAGAGAGAGCCAAACGAAUCCUUGAAUCGGUUACGCUCUCCAGAAGGUCCCUCACAUUGGCCGAAUUGGCCCACACGAUCCCGGUCAACUCACGCACAGAGCCGUACUUUGAUGAGUCGGUCCGACUGUGUGAUCCCACGGAUAUCCUCGAUAUCUGUGGCCCUUUGAUUGUGUUUGAGGACUUUUCUGAACUUGAAAAUUCAUGGGAAGAUAUAGCCCUCGACACUGAUCGAGUUGCUCAGGAGUUGUCUGGAAAGGUUCUUCCUUCCACAUCAUCCAAGAUACGUCUUGCUCAUUCAAGUGUCAAAGAGUAUCUUCUUAGCGAAACCAUCAAGGAAAGCUCAGCGAACUUCUUCAGCAUCGUUGAGAACGAUGCGACCUUGACGAUGGCUGAAAAUUUGCUCGCGUACGGAGUGCAUGUUGUACGCGGUUGA